CGCGCAUUGCCGUGAUCUGAAAACUGAUUGGCUGCGUACGCGCAGCCCCGACGCGUGUGCUGUGCAUGUGUGUGAUUUAUGUGGAAGUGCGUGUAGAUAUUUUGUUUUAUUUCGGGUCGAGCUCACGGCUCUGGAUGGGAGAAAAUGCAAACAAAAAACAUCAACUUGAGCCAAGAACAAAAAAACAAAGACAAUAGUGAUAUACAGAAAAUGGGACGCCAAGAACCUCAGGGGCUGUCAAUCGAUGGGUCAGUGCACGAUCAGGCGGUAUACUUGAACCAUGUCACGGCUCCAGCCAUCGGUUCCACGUAUUUCGGUACAGUCGAAGGUGGGCCUCCGUACAGAAUGCCGCCGGCGCCCGAGGCGGCGCUGCCCGGCGCCCCCGCUCCUUCUCUACCGGCUGCACUACAUACACAUUCCAACAAGUUCCCUAUAGAACGCGAAGUGAUCCUGUCCUCAGGAGACAAGAACUCCAAAGUGCCGAUACUCCAAGAGGCGAGGAAGAGGGGUAGGCUCGGUGCUGUAGCUCCUGACACGCCACCUAAAGCCCUCUCAGCUUGGACACAUUCAGAGAACCAGCAGGCUGGCACGUCUGGGGACGGCUUCAGACAGUACCACGAGCAGUACGGCUACAUGAACCAAAAUCAGGGAGCUGUGCCUAGGAACAUGCAAAACUACGACUCUCCAAAACCUCCCAUACCAGCAAAGACCUACGGUAAAGUCGACACCCCAAACAACUCACAGCUCAUAACAGUGACGGUUGAAACAGGAAAAGAUAACACAAGAGACGCCCCGAAAAGUACGAAAUCUGUCAGUAAAACGUACCACACACUUAAAGAUAUGAUCUCAAGCAGGUUUAAGAGUAAAGAUGCUAAUGAUGGUGAGAAGAAUAAUGAACAAGAGCCAAGUUUGAAUAACAGCGAAGAAAGAAAGAGACCAGAGAGGCCAGAACCGGAACAAGUGACACCAAGAGAGAAUGGACCACGAAAAGUAGAGCAAGGAAUAUAUGGAAGGCCAAUGACACAGACGAGACCGGAAAUGCAGUACAGCCACGGCAUCGCCAAUAACAUGGCGUAUCCUAGUCCUUCGCCGCACAGGCAACUAAUGCAGCAGCAGCAGAUGGUACAGUCCCAUAUGAUGAUGAGCCCUCAAGCCAGAUCACAAGAAAUGCUGGCCAGUACACCUCACCGACAACCACAAGCCCUGGGCGCUGAUGCUUUAUACCAACAGUAUGGACCUCCUGGCCGGAGAAGUGCACUGUAUCAAAGGGAUAUGGAAGUUCGGUCCAUGGCAAAUUUCACAUCUUUGAAAACUGGACCUCAAUCACAGUUUGAUAACUCACAUUCAAGACCAGAUCUCAGAAGUCCACAGCAAUUAGAAAGAGAGAUAGUGCGACAAAGAGGCUUUGUAGAAGGAAGACGAGCGGCUUCGCAUCCCCACCUUCUAGACGAACCACAACAUAGACCAGAGGUCACAACCCCACAGAUACAUGAUCCUGGAAGACGAAACUCACACGGUAAUCUUCUAGAUCACACACCUAAUGAGCAUCUGCGGAACGGUGAGGAAAGGGAAUCUGAUGAUGGAGGCUUCCGAGCACGACUAGCAGCUCAAGGUAGAUCUAGUUAUGAAGAACGUAUCAGAACAAGUGGGCGAUCAAUAGAAUCACAAAGGAUGCAGGAAAACGUCUACAGAAGAACACCAGAUAGUCAUAAGGAAAGAAGAACUCCUGAUAGCAACAAAGAAAGAAGAACGCCAGACAUUCACAAGGAACGUAGAACUCCAGAUUCAAUAGGACAUAAGAAGGAUGAUCCUUCAACGUCACAAGAGAGGAACGAUGAGAGUGCUAGUCAGAAGUCAGCUGAUAGUGUUUACAACUCUAGUGGUAAAGCUGAGGCGUACAACCCACAGCCCUCAUCAUCAAGACAGACUCCAAAUAGAAUAGAAGAUCUCAAAGCACAUGGGAAGAAAGGAGCUGGAUCGGGAGCUAGCUCAGACUAUGACAAAAACGGAGGCCAAUCAUCUAAUGUGGACUCUGGUCGAGGCAGCGUGGCGUACUCCAGUGGACGGCGACCAGAGCCGUUGCAUGAUACCUCAGCAGAUUCAGAUGCACAAGGAACCAGACAACCACAGCCUGGAACCAGCCAACAACCUCCAGGACAAAAUACAGAGAACGAUUGGGUAGAAUGUGAACUUCGCCAUAUUCUGGAACCGAAGCUAGCAGGGAUGCGUCUGGACUCAUCAGCUACUUCCGACACAUCAGUCACACCACCGCUGCCACCACUAUCGCCGUCCUCGGAUAUGCAUAAGAGAAAUAGUCUUCCAGGUCGAUCGUCAGAGUACCCAGACGAAAGGCGCCGUGGUCGCGAGUCACCGCGGUGGCAUUCUCAUAAGAAGCACUCCUCCAAGAGAGAUCAUCAUUAUAAAAAACAUUUAUUUGGUCUGGACACCACUGAUAUGACGUCCACCACAACCAGAAGCUUGGACCUAUCGUCUCUACUUGAGGGUCGAUCAGACAGUUCAUCAUCAGGCGACGCCCGCGCCAUCCGGAGGCAGUUGCGUGGUUUGGAGAACAUGUAUGCCGAAGUGCUGCAGCUGCUUGGAGUCAGGAAACCAGCCAGCCUUGCUAAACAACCUACUUGGGAAUCUAGGCUAUCAUCAAAGCGUCGGUACGGCAGCAUGUCAUCACUCCCCUCCAGCUCAGUGAGCAGCCGACCAGUAAGAGACAAGAGAAGGAGCUCCAAUGAUCAUAGGAAGAAACAUGACUUGAAGGGUAUAAACAAGCGGUUCCAACGCCUAGAGUCGCACGUGGUGACGCUGGCGCGGUCGGUGGCACACCUCUCCAGCGAGAUGAGGACCCAGCACCUCGUCAUACAGGAGAUGGACAACAUCAGAGCUGAGAUCGCGGCGCUCAGGCAUAUGUACAAGUCUCAGCAGUACAUUCGGUCAGGCAGCCACGGCCGGCACUUAGACCCCUACUCGUUCAGCAAUCCUGACAGAGUGAAGCGGCUCACCAAAUUCUUCGGAGACGAGCCGCCCCUCAUGAGACUGUUCUUAAAGAAACUUGGAUAUGAGAAAUAUGCAGCUCUUUUGGAAAAAGAGAAAGUUGGUGCGGCUGAACUGCCGUACGUUGGUGAAGACAAACUCCGAGCAUUGGGCGUCCCCCUAGGUCCUAGAAUGAGGAUAUUAAAAGAAGCUGGCAUCCACCAAGACCUUCACCACAUGUCCAGAGAUGACCAACAUAACACAACCACGACGCUAGCAAUUGUUUGA